UUACUAAACCCUCAACGACAGCUCCUUUUCAACCUAACAUAGGGAUGCUGCAGUGGCACCACAUGUUCUCAAAGGUACAACGCUCAAACCCCCAUGUCCGAACGCCUUCAAGAAACCCCAUCAAGAUUACAGAUUAUCAGAGCGCCCCAUUUGCUCAAAUGGGUUUCUUUACUAUGCGCACAUAGCAAUUUUACAUCAUCAAAAUUCAGUCUUUAUGUUAGUGGGUCGCAUAAUCUUGCACAAAAAGUUAGGUCGUAUGGAACAGAGAGCUCUAUUGAUUUGAAAAAUGGUGUGGAUUUUGGUGGGAGUGGGAAAAAAGGGCGUGCAGUGAGAGCAGAAGCACAAUCUGCUUUGGUAGAGUACUUCCAUUUAACUAGGAGUUUUAGGAUCAUGGAUGCUGAGAACAUGAGCAAGAAUGCCCCUGAGUUUUUCAAUAGGUUGAUGAAGAGAGUGGUUAUAGAUGAUGAUAGCAAGAUUAAGCAUUCCGUGACACGUUUUUUGAGGUACCAUCCGGUUAAUGAGUUCGAGCCCUUCUUUGAGAGCAUAGGGUUGAGGCAUUCCGAAUAUGCUCAGUAUCUACCGAGGAAUUUGAUGUUUUUGGCUGACGAUGAGUUGUUGUUGGAGAACUAUUAUGUUCUGUGCAACUAUGGCAUUGAAAGGAAUAGGAUUGGGAAGAUUUUCAAAGAAGCCAAUGAGGUGUUUCGGUAUGACUAUGGCUCUCUGCAGCCAAAGCUCCGAUAUUUUGAGAAUUUGGGGUUGAGACAGUCUAUCGUUGCCAAGAUUGUCGCUGCAAGUCCUAAUCUUUUGAGGGGGAAUGUUGGUGAAUUUGUUGAGUUUCUGGAGAUGUUAAAGAAGGUGGAGAUUGAAUAUGAAUGGCUUUUGGAGCAUAUACGCGAGGAGGAUUCUUAUGAUUGGAAAUGCAUGCUUCAGCUCAUGUGCUUAUUCUGCAAGUCGGGCUGGAGUAUGAAGCAAGUAGGGGAACUGUUUAAGCAUCAUCCUGAUCUUCUGCUCGAGUGCUCUGGACGGAUUACCUUUGGCAUAAUUGGGUUAUUAUUGAAAUUUGGAGCAACAAUGAGUGAUGUACACGCUCUUUUUCUUCAGUUUCCUCAAAUACCAGUUUUGAAGUUUACUAAGAAUUUGCAUAAUUCCUACAUCUUCCUCUCUGAAAUUGACAUGGCUGCCCAAGAUAUUGGUAAAAUAGUCUGCUCGAACCCUGCACUUUUGGGUUCCAUUGAACUCAAAAAAGUGAAGAGCAUAUUGAGCCUACUGAGCUGUGGCAAGAACAAGCUCUGUCAAAUGGUGAACGAUGAUCCAUUCACGUUGGAGGCAUGGGUCCUUGGUAGGAGAGUCGAACCACUGGACACUCGAAAGAGGGCUGUUAAAAAUUUGGCUUUGAGAACUGAGUUUCUGUUAAGCCUAGGCUUCAAAGAGAAUUCGAAGGAUAUGGAAAAGGCUCUUAAAGCGCUUCGGGGCAGAGGAGAGGAACUUCAAGAGAGGUUCAAUUGUUUAGUGAAUAAUGGCGUGAGUUGCGAGGAGGCAAUAAAGAUGGUCAGGAUAUCUCCUCAAGUUCUCAACCAGACGCGUGAUGUUAUUGAAACAAAGAUUCGUCUUUUCUUUGAUGAGUUGGGCUAUCAGGCGUCUGAUUUACUCACUCAUCCCAAAAUUCUCUCUUACACAAUUAAGAGGGUGACGCUUAGGCUUCUAACGUACAGAUGGCUUAAAGAUCAAGGAGCAGCGCGUCCCGGUUUGUCCCUGAGCACGCUCUUGGCUACCUCAGAUGAAGAAUUCAUCAAAACUUAUGUAACUCCUCAUGCUGGAGGGCCUGAAUUUUGGAAAAGUCUGAAUAAAAAGCAUAUAAAUAAAUAAUCUACUUUCAACUAGCUCUGGGAUUGGGAUUCAUAUGACAGACGGGCAUGAAGAUGUAUGGUUUCACCGCCUGCAAAAUCUGAAUGAGGCAGACGAUACGUAAGUGCAGGAGCAUUCGACCUGCUAUGAAUACUUGCUAUGAAUACUUGUAUAUCAUCAAGAAUCGUAGCCAAUGCUGGUACGGAGAAACGAGGACAAAUUGAGGAAAGGUGUCUGCAUGAAACUCCUGGUUGAACUCUGUAUUUUCACCAUAUGUGGUUCUUAUCCUUUAAGUGAUUCUCAGCUAGAGAUGUCUGUAAAAUAGUUACGACAACUCAUAUUGUUGAAAAAUAGAGAUUUUGCUAAAAAUUUAAAGAUCGAUCGACAUUUGUAAUUUGAGUGACAUUUGUUAAGUUUUCUGGUUGCACAGGGCUUCAUAUAUAAACUGAUCUCCUUUUCUGGUCA